GUGUGUGUGUGUGUGUGUGUGUGUGUGUGUGUGUGUGUGUGUUUACGCAUGUGUAUUUUAGGUCUACAGAUCGCGGCUCCUGCGUCACAUAUCAGAGGAGCCAGACAGCGGAGCCAGCGGAGGGGAGGAAGAAGUCGAGCUACGGUCUUCUCCGCGGACUCCAGGCACGCCAAGGAGCCCGGGAAUCGACAUUGAUGAUGUGUUCAAGCAGAAACAAAAAGAAAUAGAAGAAGGCAACAAGGAUGAUAUGUCUAGAGUCCGGGAUCUUACUGCGAGGCUGAAGUUAGCUACGCGACGACCGUCCUAUCUGGACUGGCUGAAUUCUGUUCAGAAUCGUAGUAAGGAGAUUGGAAGUGUGUUGGAGCUACAUCCACCAAGAGUCUUAGAGGAAGGUGUUCUUGAAGAAGAGAUCACAGAUGAAUCAAGAAAAAAAAAUCUAAGAAGUGCACUGAAUUGGUUGAAGACGGAACUGCAAGAAAUGCGACAGCAGGAUCAGCAGUUGGCAAGGCAGUUGAUGCAGUUAAGGAUAGAAUUACAGAGAGUUCGGCUUUUGCGUUCAUGUAAUAAUCAUCAAGCACUUGUAGACGAAGUCAGGAAUGAAGCAGAGGAAGCCAGAACGUUUGAAUCAUCGGAUCUUUGUGAUGUGCCUCAAGACCUCAGAGAGGCGUUUUCACCGGUGCUUCGAGAAAUAGGUGUAACGAGGAUGAACAUCACAAGUCGUCGAUUCUCUCUACGGUGAAUGUCUUUUUCAUGCUGUAAAUUUCUCUUUAAACGUGUUAAUAUCUACGUUACAAAAGUCAUACUGGUACAUAAAGAGAUAUUUUCAGAAGUAUAUCCAGAUAUAUAUUACUAGAUAUUAGUAUUACAUCGGUGAAUAUAUGCACUUCCAGUACGUGUAUAUGAACAGCAGAUAAUUUACGGCAAUUGUCAAACGACAUUGUCACCUGUGUCAGGAUAUACAGCAUACAGUUUUAAGAUGUUUUAGGAAUUAGAUUAUAUUUCUAUCAAUUCUCAAACACCCAAACAUAAAAACAUGUAACCUUCUUGACUAAAAGUGAUUAUAAUUACUGUCUCAAUAUUCAAGAUACAGUUUUGAUUCCUUGAGAAGUGAAUUCUCUCUGAUUAUGGUUAGUUCAGUCAAAAUAUGUCCAGAUCACAAGUAUUGCAACAAAAUUAUUUUGUCACUUUGCUUUUGUAUGAGGUUCCCUUCCAAAAAGGAAGAAUUGGUGGGAAAAUUUGUUUAACUAAAAAAAAAUCAAAAGAAUGGCUUAAAUGCAUGGGUAUUUAACAGUAUUUAUACUUUCCACGCAUCCUGAUGUAAUAAAUGUAAUAAUAUUUAAAA